AUGCCCCUUGUCGGCGAAUGCGAGUUGUCUCCCCCGGACGAUCGUGGAGGCACCCGGCUGGCCAGGGCACAUCUCGCGACCGCCCCACAAAGCUGCGGGCAACUACCGGCGGGACCACUGGGCAACGUACAUCCGGGCGAGAGAUACCCGUCCCGUUUCGGGCGCCUCUCCGUCGGGGUACCCUGCCGCGGUCCGCUGACGCCCGCGCCGGCCUCGACCAGCGACGCCGACGACGGCCCCCGGCGAUGGCCGCUCGUCGCCCUGCUACGAGCCGCCGCUGGGUCCGGCCUUGCUCGGAUCGUGCGAUCGACGGGCCCGCCAUCCACGACGUGCCCGCCAGAGACCGAGCGCAGCGAGAGAGGCGGCGACCCCCCGUGGUGGCGAUCCAGGCAUCCGCCGACACCCGCGGCUCUGCGCGAACGACCCCCGCGCGCUCCGGCGAACGACCCCGCGGCGUCGGCCGACGCACCGCGGCUCGACGACGACACCCGCGGCGCUCGGCCGACGACCCGAGGCUCGGACGACGACCCCGCGGCUCGGACCGACGACCCGGCUGGCCGUCGGCCGACGACCACCGCGGCUCGGACGGACGACCCCCGCCGGCUCGGAGCCAGACGACCCCCGCGGGCUCGACGAUGA